ACUAUAUCCACUGAACUCAUCGAACUCUUCAAUCUCAAUCCACCAAACAACAAACAUGUCUGACACCGGCCGCAAGGAUUUCACUACCAAGGCCCAGGAGAAGCUUACUCCUGAUGCCACCAAGUCCACUCAAGACAAGGUCAAGGAGACAGUUACCGAUACAACCGACCGUUUCACCCGCGGUGCUCAGUCCGAUGAAGACAAGGGCGCAGCUCAAAAGUUCUUCGACAAGGGCCAGCGCGCUCAUGACAAUGAGGCCCACGGUGGUGCCACCGAGACGAUUGGCGACAAGGUCAAGAACGCCGUUGGCCUUGGCGGUGAUAAAUAGAGCGUGAUCACCUGUCAGGUGUUACUAUGAUUAUUGGUUUUCGAUUCAUGAAUGUGUUAAUGAGUUUGAUGAUACCAUACCUUAGGUAGUCUCUGCCAGUACAUUAGGCCUAAUGUCAUAUAUUGAAGCUAUCAAUUGAUUGUCCAUAAUUGUGCAUCUUCCAC